UGUUUUCAUGUCCAUUCGUCCACCCAGUCCGAAAUCUCUCUCUCUCUCUCUCUCUCUCUCUCGUUUAGAAGGUCAACGGACGGACACAAGUGACUCCCCCCAUAAUCAAUCCUUCUCGGAGGGGAGACUCCAUCUCGGCGUUCGCCGUGGAUGCGGUGUGUCUAAACGAAAAUGAUUUGGGGUGAUUGCUGAAUUAGUCAUAUGAUAAAUGGAAUCAGUGAGGCAAAGAAGAAGGAGAAGAUGAACUCGAUGAGUGAUGGUGGUCAACUCCAGAUUCAGCCUUAAAAGAUGGGGAAGAGAGAGUAAUGCUGGGAACUUCGUCAAGACAUCGGAUUGGUUCAAUGGCCGCAGAAUGUGCCAAGUUGAAGAGGGUCUCUUUCUGGGUUCUUACGGAGAUGCAUGUUAUAAGGACAGGCUUAAGAGCUCAAAUGUCACCCACAUCUUGACAGUGGCUAACUUAGCCCCGGCAUUUCCCAGUGAUUUUGUCUAUAAAGUUGUUGAUGUCACGGACACUGAGGAAACGCACAUUGGACAGCACUUUGAGGAGUGUAUCAAUUUCAUCGAUGAAGCUAGAAGACAGGGAGGCAGCAUACUGGUCCACUGUUUAUGGGGAGUUUCCAGAAGGUUGGGAAGUGGUUUGGGACAGUAGAUUAUGCUUCAAAGGGGUUUUAGGAACAAGGCCCUGUUCUUAGAGAGGUUGGAGAGGUAAUCUUUUUAUGCAUUAGGACUAGUCUCUUUCAAAUUGAUCUUUAACCGUUUGACUGCUGAAGUCCAUGUCUAGUAACCAUUAGAGCUGGUUCAGCAUUCCUUGAUAAAACGUUUGUAUGUUCCUGCUGGCUCUAAGUGGGGAAGAUAGUUUAGUUACUUAAAAAACUAAAAUGAGAGAAGAAGAAGAAGAAGAAGAAACUCGGCAGGUAAACACAUAAAUUUUUAGCUGAAAUUUUUUUAGCUGAAACCUUUUUCAUAUAGCUAGAAGUUUUUCUGCAAUGCUUAAAAAUAUACAGAUGCAAUAUCAUUAUUCCCCCUGUUGCGUCAAACUAUUUCUUUUUGGAUUGGCUGUGUCGACAUUUAAACUGCAGGGAGGGGGGAAGACGGAAAUUUGAAGUGAUAAAUGCCAUGGCAUUUUAGCCUAGUGGUUUUAACCUUUGUCGAGAGCAAGUGCGAAAUGAUUAGUGACAACUUUCUUUUUACUUUGCUUUUUUCGCAUGAUUGUUGGUCAUACACAAUUUAUUUUUCCUUAUUGAGCAGUGUGACAGUGGUCACAGCUUAUCUCAUGAAGCAGCGCGCAAUGCGCUUGUCUCAAGCUCUGGAACACAUAAAGACCAGGAGGCAUCCGGCAGCUCCUAACAGGGGAUUCAUUGUACAACUUCAAGAUUUCGAAAGUUCUGUA